AGAGCUCCUUGAAAUGAAGCAGACAGUGAUGUGACCAUGUUUGAAUUCUGAGACAGUCUUAGCAGAGCAAUUGCGUGGAGUUGACUGAGCCUUCCGACUGUUCUUCUAUGAGGGGGAUAAGAUGCCUCAGUUAAGAAUUCUCUGACGUCUUAUUCCCAAUGCAUUAAUUAUAUUAACUGCUAACUUUCGAUCUAAAUAAGUAAAUUAAAUCUGUUCUAUUCAAUCCUGAUGGCUGCUUCACCUGCGUAGCUCAACUUGACUCCCACCUGUUCGGACGACCACAUGUUCUUAGUCCACCCUCAUGCGUUCGUUGACUUCCACGAUGAACAGCCAACCGUUGCGACACAACCAACGAACAACCGCUACAAACCAGCACGAAAGCUUCACUCUUUUGGUUGUGGACAUGAUCGAGAACAUGCAAGCCAUGGACAGCAUGAGAUCUCGUCGGAACGCAGAGCUGCAGCCGCCGGUGAUCCGUGAGGAGUCCCGCAAGAUUCGCAAGCCCGUCGUCAUCCACCUGGUGUCGCCCACGGUGAUCCACGCGAAGUCCGGCGAGUUCAUGGCGUUGGUUCAGCGCCUGACGGGGCGUGAUUCAUCGGCGGCCGACAUCGUCGGCGGAUCAUCGGGACCUGCAAAGGCAGCUUGCUUCCAAGGACGAAAGCGGCAGCUUCCGGUGCGGGUCAAAGCUCGAGCACUGAAAGCCGUCGGCAAGGAGACGAAGACGUGUUUGGAUCAGACCUCCUCAUCGUGUCAGCCGUCCGUUCCGCCGGCGCUGUUCUUGAGUGACUUGAGCCCACCAUGGUCGGGUGUCGCAGAGCUGAUCGCUGCGGAUCACCCAUUAGUUUACUCGAGUAAAUUCUAAUUCAGUAUGGAAAAUCGAAUCGAGAUCGUAAGCGAUGUAUAUUAUUAUUAUUCUAAAUGCAUUUUUAGAUCU